GUCCUUGCUUGGGAAAACCAAGAGCCUUAAAUCAUCGAAGAGCACUGUCUGAUGAAAGGCGUUCUUCUUCUGUAUCUACUACUGUAAAAGCGUGUUUCCAGUGUUGAGUUAGGUCGACAGUUUUACUGUGAGAAGACAAUGGCGGAAUCUCCAGAGCAGGCACGACCUCGAGAGCUCUCCGUGAACAGUGCUGCGGCUGUAGACAGCGCGAUUUCCUUGGUUGUCCAGGCAGUUGACGUCGAAAGAGGACUCACUGGAGAAGAAACUACAGUCGUCACUAAGGCCGUCGACAGUGUGGUAUCAGAAACAUUCUCCUACGAGCAGGAUCAACUGGCUGCGGCCGCCGAGUCUACGACAGUCGUGGUCUCGGAGGCCAUAAAGUUUGAAAAAGAGUACUAUCAGGAUCACGAGGAUGCCGUCAACGAAUCUAUAUCGGAGAUGGUAUCUGAGUCCAUCAAGACAGAGCUUAAAUUCAAGGAGCAAGCUCCGACUCACGCAAAAGUUGUUUACACCGAGCUGACGUUGGCACUCAUCAAACCGGAUGCUCUCAAAGCUGGUCAUGAUCGUGAGAUACGAUACGCAAUGCAUGCUCACGGUUUUGUCAUAGUGCACGAGGCUUACAUUAAGUUUACUUCUGUCAGAGCUGGCAUAUUUUAUGACCAUCACCGUGGCAAGCCGUGGUUUCAGAGAUUGACUCGGUUCAUGAGCAGUGGACCUGUGCACGGGUUCGUCUUGGGAAAGGAGCGAGCGGCAAGGUCAUGGAAUGUUGUGAUCGGUCCCACAGAUCCAGAGCAAGCUCGCAAAGAGUCGCCUUUGAGGCUUGUUUUGCUGAUUGGAUUUAUGAACUUCUCUCAUACUCGCCGUUCUUGCUCCAGCUUACGAGCGCGCUUUGGAAGGGAUAUCCUGCGAAAUGCAGUGCAUGGUAGCUUUAAUGCAGCACGUGCAAGACAGGAGAUCAAGUUUAUUUUUCCCAAUGUGGUUAUGGAUCCUCUACCUGAUCCACCGAAGGCUCGGAUCACCUUCGACAAGACCUUAAAGCGAACUUUGAUAAUGGGAUUGACAGCGUUGUGCAAAGCCAAGCCUUAUUCGGAGCCGCUCAAAGUGCUUAGAUGGUUCGCUCGGUGGUUACAAGAACACAAUCCAAAUAGGCCUUACAUUGAUGGCAAGAGAUACGUGGAAGUUGUCAUUCCUGACUGACUACUCCAAGAACACGUCUGUAAGUUGUCUAAUAAAGUUGUCUGCAGACAAAGAAUGACAAGCUUGCCUUGGUGCCUUGGUC